AUAUGAAGCAGCGGUUUUGCGGUUCACACCAACAACCCCUCACAUCAUUAAACUGACGCCAAUAUAAUCUCAUGAAAGCAAUCAAAACCCCGCAACACAUCUCUGAAAUCGUGUGAAAAUGGUGAGUGUAUUCCAGAAGAGGAACGUUGCUGAUCGAAUCAAGGGGUCAUGGAGCCCGCAAGAGGACGCCACUCUCAUCAAGCUGGUGGGCCAGCAUGGCCCACGCAAUUGGUCCCUCAUAAGCCAGGGCAUUCCCGGCCGCUCCGGCAAGUCCUGUAGGUUACGGUGGUGCAAUCAGUUGAGCCCGACGGUGCAGCACCGCCCGUUUACGCCCGCGGAGGACGAUAUCAUAUUCCGGGCCCAUGCCGUUCACGGCAAUAGGUGGGCAACCAUAGCCCGAAUGCUGCCCGGGCGUACUGACAACGCGAUCAAGAACCACUGGAACUCCACGCUACGACGUCGUCGCGAGUUGUCGUCAGAGACGGACUCGGGGAUGAAGCGGCAGAGAUUGAGUGCGUCCCCGGAGCACAGUAGUUCCGUUGGGGAAAAGGCUUUAAAUUUGGUGGGGCCUCAAGAGACUUCUCUGACGCUCACGCUAUCCUUACCUGCGGGUGAGAAACCGGAGGAGAUGGAAGAGGAGGAGGAGGAGGAGGAGGAAGAAGAAGAAGAAGAGGAGGAGGAAGAGGAGGAGGUUGUGGCGAAGGGCGAUGAGGAGGCUGCACGUGGCGGGAGGAAAGAGGAGGAGACGUGCUUGGUGACGAUCAUGCAGAAGAUGAUAGCGGCGGAGGUGAAGAGUUACAUGGAUAGUUUACGGGCUACGAAUGGGCAUCCACCUGGGUGUGACCCUGAACCGGCCCAGGCCCAUGCCAAGGCCCAGGCCCAAAAGGGUCUCUAGGUCUCAUAUGUAUUAGUCUAGUGCUUUUUCUUUUUAUAUUUUAUAGACAUUCCGUCUAUCCUCUGUUUUGAAUUUUCAGUUUCCCCUAAGGUAUUCGAAUCGGGAUGAAAA